CACACCACCCAUGGUACUCUCGUGGCUAGCCUCAGGGCUCCCCGUAAGCCUCUCCAGGCUCUGGUUAUGGUCAGCUGCUCUGGUCCUGGCCCUGGGCAUUCUCCAGCUGACCCGGCUGCUGGCCAGGAGGCAGAAACUGCUCCGAGCCCUGGACAGCUUCCCGGGGCCACCCACUCACUGGCUCCUGGGGCAUGCCAACGAGAUAAAAGAUGGAGGAGGUCUGGACAAGAUCAUGGCAUGGGCCAACACUUACCCCUCCGCCCACCCUCUGUGGUUUGGGAAAUUCAUUGGAUUUCUGAACAUCUAUGACCCUGACUACGCCAAGGCUGUGUAUAGCCGAGGAGACCCGAAGGCCUGGGAUGUGUAUGGUUUCUUCUUACCAUGGAUUGGGAAUGGGCUGUUGGUCCUGGACGGACCCAAGUGGUUCCAACACCGAAAACUGCUCACGCCUGCUUUCCACAACGAGGUGCUGAAGCCCUACGUGGGCCUGUUUGCGGAAUCCACCCACGCCAUGCUGGACAAGUGGAAGGAGAAGGUUUCUGGGAAUAAGUGUGUGGAGAUCUUCAGUGACGUGGGCUUCAUGGCUCUGGACACCCUGAUGAAAUGCAUCUUUGGGAAGACAAGCAAAGGCCAAACGCAGAGUGACACGGACUACUACCUGGCUAUUGCUGAUCUCACCCUGCUGAUGCAAGAACGAAUCUUCACCUUCCAGUACCAUAAUGAUUUCCUCUACUGGCUCACACCCCAUGGGCGGAACUUUCUGAGGGCCUGCAAGAUUGCCCAUGACCACACAGACAAAGUGAUCAGAGAAAGAAAAGCUGCCCUGAAUGGGGAGAAGCUAGACAAGACCCUGAAGAAGAGACAUUUGGAUUUCCUGGACAUUCUCCUUGGAGUCAAGGAUGAGAACAAGACCAACUUGUCAGACAUGGACCUACGGGCUGAAGUGGAUACAUUCAUGUUUGAAGGCCACGAUACCACCACCAGCAGUAUCUCCUGGUUCCUGUACUGUAUGGCCCUUUACCCAGAGCACCAGGACCGCUGCCGGAAAGAGAUCCAGGAAAUCCUACAGGGUCGUGACACUGUCCAGUGGGAAGACCUGGCAAAAAUGACCUACCUCACCCUGUGCAUUAAAGAGAGCUUCCGCCUGUAUCCCGCCGUGCCCCAGGUGUACCGCCAGCUCAGCAAGCCUGUUACCUUUGCAGAUGGGAGGUCACUGCCUGAAGGAGGUCUGGUUUCUUUGCACAUUUAUGCUCUCCACAGGAACCCCUCUGUAUGGCCUGACCCUGAGGUAUUUGACCCCCAACGUUUCACUCCUGAGAAUGCUUCAGGACGUCAUCCCUUUGCCUUUAUGCCCUUCUCUGCUGGACCCAGGAACUGUAUUGGGCAGCACUUUGCCAUGAUAGAGAUGAAGGUGGUAACAGCCCUCUGCCUGCUGAAUUUUGAAUUCUCCCCAGACCUCACUCAGCCACCUAUCAAGCAACUACAGCUGAUUCUGCGUUCUAAGAACGGCAUUCACCUCAACCUGAAGAGGCUGACCCAGUGAUGGAGAACAGAGCUCCUUCCUGGACCUUCAAGGGGAAAUUUGGGGCAGUUGGCUGGAGAAGCACAGACAGGUUCCUGCCCACUCAUCCCUACAUAGAUAGAAGCUCCCCAGAGCAGAAACAAGGCACACAUAGGCAUUUAAGGGAAUAUAUGGUAGGUGUAUGUAUGCAUUAAUGAAAGGGUUAUAGAUAAUUCAGAGCACAAGGUUUCUUAGGGAAGGAAAUAGGGAAAUAAUGGGGAGCUUUGGAGUAUAUAAGGAGGUAUGCUAGUUAGAUCUAUAUACAUAUCAUACAAUUUUUCAAUUUUUAAACUUUUUAUUUAAGGUUUUGAGUUCUAGAUUUUAAUUUUUCCUCCCUCCUCUUUCUCCUCUCUGAGAUAGUAGACACUUAAAUAUAGGUUAUAGAUGUUUAAUUAUGUAAAGCAUUUCCAUGUUAGUCAUUUUGUACAAGAAGACACAAAAGAAAAAAUGAAAGAGUGAAAAAUGACUCGCUUCAGUCUACAUUUGAACAAUGUCAGUUCUUUUUCUGGAAGUGGAUAGUAUGCAUCAUCAUUAGUCCUUCGGGGGUGUCUUGGGUCAUUGUGUUGCUGAAAAGAGCUAAAUCAUUCACGGUUCUUCAUCAAACAAUAUUGCUGUUACUGUGUAUGACAUUCUCCUGGUUCUGUUCACCUCACUAUGCAUCAGUUGAUGGAGGUCUUUUCAGGUUUUUCUGAAAUCCUCCUGCUUGUCAUUUCUUAGAGCACAAUAAUAUCCCCUUACAACCAUAUAUUCCUAUUGAUGGGCAUGCCCUUUGAUUUCCCGUUUUUAGAUACCACAAAAAAACCUGCUAUAAAUAUUUUUAUACAUGUAGGUCUUUUUCCCUUUUCUUAACAAUGCCUUUAGGAUAUGGCUCUAGCAGUAGUAUUGCUGGAUCAAAGGGUAUGUAGAGUCUCAUGGCCUUUUGGGCACAUAUACAUAUAUAUUAAUAUACAUGUGAAUAUAUAUCAAUAUAUAAUAUCCAUAUGUUAUCUGUCAUUCGAUUCACUUUCCAUCCUUUUUUAAUCACGUGUGUGUAGGGCCCUUGACUCUGCAUUGGGAAGCCAACAAUCAUGCCCCUAAGGGAUUUGUAUUCUACUGGAGAGAAAUGACAUUUGAAAGACAUUUGGGAGAAAAUCAGGUCAAAGGCUCUAGGAACAAAAUAUCUCACUUUCAGUUGGGAGCUCAGAGAAGAUUUUCUAGAGAAGGGAUAUGAAGUUAGCUUGCCUGUAGUAUCUGAUUUUAUCCACCACUGUCAAGAGUAUGUAUCACAUUUCCCCUGCCUUUAUUUUUCCAAUAUUUAAAUACUUCUAGGAAUUGCAACUUUAUUUCUGGAGCUGCUUUCUCCCUUCACAGAGAUCUUAACCCUUCCUACCCUUACUCCUAUCCCCCAUCACUCAGUAGAUAUGACAAAAAUUCAUUCCAUUGUGAUCCCCAUGGGGCUGACUCACAUGAACAGCAUUGGGGUAGACCUUGGAGAGUAGACACGAUAUCCAUUUUUAAAGCCCUAUUUGAAGCCUAUCUAGUUUGGGAGAAUCCAUCAAAGCUCGUGAUCUUCUCUUCGGUAGCAGGAAGAGAUAUCGGCAGAAGACAUUAGUGAAAUUGGUAUAAAGAGAGAUGAGCAAAAUACAAGGAAGAGGGAUAGGGACAUGAGAAAAAGUGCUCUUGGAACAAUGGAGGAAAAAAGGACCAUUUUCAGUUGAGUGUCAAGGAGAGGGGUCUUCGAAGAAGAGCUAACCUCUUUAUGUUAUAGUUGCCACACACACUAGAGCACACUCACAAUGGCACUUCAUGGAUCCACUUUCAUGAAAUAUUUCCAAAUGCAUUACAUUAUGACUGCACAACUGCUCUGUCACUCUGAUCUGUGACCUUAUUGCUGCAAACACUCCUUUCAUUGAUGUAGAUCACAGCUAAAACCAUACUAUACAUCUCUUGUUAUCCACAAGUAGAUCCACCCAUCUCUGGUCCUCAGAAUCAGUUGGCUGUUGUCCAUUGUUCUGGAAGAGGACCAAAAUAACUGUAAUUGAGCAUCCUCGACUGUUGCUGCUGAUCAGACUAACACGAGCUCGGAGUGUUCUGCUACAAGUCAGACACAAAUAGUCCCCAUGAACAUUUUGGGUGGUUUCUCUAACUUGGCGCAUCUUAGGAGACAUUAUGAAUGUCCGUGUACCAUGCUGUCUAGUCAUCUGCCAUCCUUUGAUCUUCCAACAGGACUGGCUUGAUACUUUUUUCAGACAUGAAUGCCCUUCUUUUUGUCUUUUGCAUCAUAUGACUGUAAUAUGUGUCACCCCUCUCAUUUCUGCCAUGCAUCUUUUUGGGUCUCCUGUGGAUAUGAUUUUGGUGAAUUAAAAAAAACUGGCAGAAAAGAUGGAGAGAAGACAUGAGUGCCAUGUGUGAGUGUUUGAAGGGUGGAAAAAUGAGAGCUAUCAGGGGUCAGCUUUGUGUUGAGGAAUUGUUAAUUCCCCAAAUGCAAUCUAGCCUGUACUCUCUCUCUCCUUUAAGCCCAAGCCCCUCUCAAUGUAAAUCUAUGUGCUAUAAAUGGACUGAUGAGCUUACUCAGGGGACUGUCCUUCUCACUGCAUGUAAUAGUUUGGAAAACAGGAAUUUUUGUUUUAAAAUUUUACCAUUUAUUAAAGGAAAAAGCAAAUUUGCA